AUGGGAAAAAGUUAUUCCAAGGAAGAGGUUGUCAUCGCGCAAAACGCCAACGGAGAAGCGAAUGCAUCUGCUCAUCAGUCAAUGGAUGCUCUUGCUGUCGCCGAAGUGCUAUUAAUAGUAGUAGUGCACCGCUUCACGACAAGAACCAGUGUAAUUCGAAGAGAAGGAGCGGAGUCCAGGGAAAUCCCGGCCCAAGGAGUCCAGGUUACUAGGAGUACAGAGUCGUCAAAAAUGGCAGACGAAUCUUUUAAUCUUAAAACAGCCAUAGCUUUAUUACCAGUGAUGACCGGUAAAGAACAAGUCACCUUGCAACUGAUCGACGGCAUACAAUUGUACAGUUCGAUGAUAACCGAUAACACAAAAAAUCAAUUAAUUGAAUUUGUUCUUAAAACUCGGCUAUCGGAAGGAGCCAAAUUACGUCUAAAAUCUACGUACAGAAAUGUUGAAAGUUUGGUUAUUGACAUGCGUAAGCAUCUUAUUCAGAAAAAAUCUGCAGUAGCUAUACAAUCGCAGCUUUCGACUACGAAACAGGGACAUAGGUCAAUAGAAAAUUAUGGUAAUGAACUCGAAAAACUUUUUGUUGACUUGACAAUUGCUCAAGCCGAUGGGGACGAUACUAAGUUUGGCGUAUUGCGACCGAUCAACGAAAAAAUUGCAAUUAAGCGUUUUUCAGAUGGUCUAAGUGACCCCCGUCUAAGUACGAUUGUGGCUUCUCGACAAUUUGAGUCGUUGCCUGAGGCGAUUAGGGCAGCAGUAGAUGAACAAACGCUGUCUUCUGAUAAUAACCCGGUUAUGAAUGUUAGACGUUUCCAGAAUUACCGUGGUAAUAGACGUGGCUUUACGAACAAAAAUCGUGGGACUAGAAAUUAUUUUCAAAACCGGAAUCAGCCCUUUCAAUCUAAUUUUAAUUAUAGGCAUUUCAAUAAUACAUUACCCGUUACUUAUUAUAAAAGUAAUCAUAAUAUUCGCGGAACCUACCGAGAACUUGUGGUGUUCCGCUGA